GUGCCAAGGCUCGGCUCCCGGAAUCAAACUUCUGCCGGCGCAUGUCCCACUUAAACUGCCAGAAAAACCAAACCUUCAGAAAAUUCUGUCCUCGACACUGCUCCUUCUUCCUUGAUCCUCCAUAUCCAUAUUCCCCUCGCUUCUGAUUUAUCUUGUACUCCGAUCUGGGGCCGCGGAUAUAUAAGAGAUGUGACGAGCUUCUGGAUUUCUGUUUCUUUUUCUUCUAGACCGAGAAGGAGUGCAUUCACCAGACAAGGAUCGACGAACUACACCUAUUGUUCGCUGAUCUAUGACCACGCAAUGGCGGCCACUACAAUCGAUAUGUCUUUUGCGAUGGGCGGCUUUGUGGUCGGUAUCAUCGGCAUGGGUGAUAUGGGCAAGAUGUAUGCACGGCGGCUCAGCGACGCGGGUUGGAGGUAAAUGCUACCCGUCGACUAACGAGGACACAGCUUUCGAGCUUCCUGUUCCACCUUUUUGGUACGUUCACACACUUCCUUCUUAUUUACACCAUCACCCCAUUGCAAAUGAUGACUUGAGUGCAUUUGGCUCGAGUAUCGCUCUCCGCUUGGUGGAUCGGCCAUUCUGGUCCCCAUCUAAGUUGUGAGCUUUCCAUGAUGUUAACUCUCAGCUACCUUAAAUUUUCAGUGUCUGACGCAAUUGCUUAAUCAACUUUCUCUCUGGACUUGGUCACUUAGACAUCGCUAAUGAUCCAUCUCUAGAUUUAAUUUUGUAACACAUGCUACCCGAAGUCGAACUGGAAUGCGCACAAGGUCUAACCCGAAUUGUUGGCAGUAUAAUAGCUUGUGAUAAGGAUGAUCAGUACGAGGGUCUCAAGAAAGAGUUCGCAACCCGGGUAUAAUAUGUAGCUAUCCACACUCAGAAGCCUAUGCUGAGAGUUUAUCCAGAGU